AUGAGGUUAUUUAGGUUUUGUGCGGUCUUUGGACAUGCCUUAUUGCCUUCGAUCGCUUCAGCUUCUCAACAGCAACCUCUACUAGAAGCAACAAGUGAAGCCCGAAGCGCAAGUCAAUGGAAGUUCAACUACUCCUCUGAAGCACCUCAUUACUUCGCAUCUGCCUAUGGACUCCUCCAGCAAUGGCCAAAUACCUUCUUUCCGAAUGGCCAUAGCUUAGUACCUUGCGAGAUCCCACCCUUCACGAAACUUUAUCAUGGGCGUCGAGAUGGUGAUGUCCCUCCAAGUCCAGAGUGGUUUGCUUUCGACAUUGGCAUGUCUUACGGAAUCAUGGGCAGCAGUCGAGAUUCACACAUGCUCACCUAUCAAACCACACGCCGAGUCAAAUGUAUAUACUUCGAUGGAGAGUCUGCGACACUCUUCGGUACCGGCCAACUCGAUUCGCAGAACCUCCACAUAUGGGGAAACACAAGCGGACCAUCUAGACCCGGUAAUGGCUUCCGCGGAUUGUGGGAAGAAUAUGCUCGGGCUACGGGACUUUGCGACUGGUUCCAAGAACAGAAGCUGGGCGGUCCUGGAUGGGGUUAUGAAGGGAUUGUGAGGAUGAAUGCUGGAUUCGAAAUGAUUUGGUGUAACUUCAGCAGUCCUUCGAUCCGGCUCAUCUCGCAUCUCAACAUCACUGCCCCACUGCUCCCUAAACAGGACGAAGAGGUCAUAGUGAAGGCUCAGGACGACUCGACAUUAACUUCAUACUACCCUCUACCUCCUUCGCCAACUCGUUCUGAUAGAGCUACCGAUCCUGCAAAUCCGCCAGUGCCUCCCGUCAACAACCCACCAUGGAUUCGGGAACCGUUCUUCCAUAGUCAGGCUUGGGCUUGGUAUUCAAGUGCAACUACCCACUACGGCUCGAACGGAGAUGGGCCUGGCCGUCCAGAGACGCAUGUAAAGCCCAUGAGUUGCGGCUUUCUGAGUUACUACGGUCCAGACUUUCUCAGCCAGGCUCUUCCAAGAGCACAAGAAGAGCAGAAGUCGCUGAAUUUGACGAAAGACGGCCUUUGGACUGGGCCAGGAAAAUCUGGAUCUAGAGCAAAGGCUAUGGAAUCCUUGACCCGAAGGCGGAGAUACCACACUCUGGAUAGCAUUACUCCCUCAGACGCAUCGAUCAUGAGGGUGAACUCAGAGAGGGUCCUCAGAGAUCUAUCAUCAGACUCACCUGCCAAUUGUAGCGGCAUUGAUUGGUCGACUAUGACAAACGAUAUCGUCCAGACUUACGGAAGCAGUCUUUUCCGCUUCCUAAAUACGCUUGAGAGAUUCGAAAACGUCACUAUCACCAAUUUAACUAGUGUGAGAGAUUGGAUGAUUGAUGUUCGCGAUGAAACUCAUUCAUUCCUCUUACCAUUUUUGGAGUACCCAGACGACGAUGCUAACGACAAUAUCUGGACCAGAGACUCUAGUUUGUUCAAAACAACAUAUUCUCGCUGUCGAUACCAGUUCACGCGGUUGCUAGAUCCAGAGGAAGGGAUAUCUCUCGGUCCCGAAGAAUCGUUGCUGCAGUGGUCGGUCGAAGAAACUACAGGUGGAAUUUGCUCGGUCUUGGUCGAUGUUGGUCUGGCAGUUGAGGGUCUUUGGGAAGCUAACUUCAAUGUUCCAAUCAAGGAAACCUCGAAGCCAGAAGUCCCAACACAAUUCAAGAAUGAGGUGUCUCGAUGGACAGAGGGUAUCGAGCAGCUUAUGGCUUGGCUAGGUUGGGCUGGUGAAUGGGUUCGAUGUGAACAGCGAUGUGCUUGGGACGAGAGCUGCUUUAUCCCGAUGUGGCCCAUGAUUCCAUUCCGAGGUGGCCGUGGCGGCGGUCGUGGGCCACCAAGGCGUGAGCCCGGUCAUGGUGGACCCCCAGGCGGAAGACCUGGUGGCAGGCUGUCAGUGUUUGAUGAGCUAUUCGCCUUUGAUGACCCACCCAACAACCGUACAUUCAGGCCGCCGGGUCGAGGAUUCAAUCCUUGGCAACCAAACGAAGACGAUCUCUGGACUCCAAAAUGUGUGAAAUCAGAUUACAUUCUGACCGGACGUGGCUGA